AUGGAGGUAUGGGAAGAUGAUGAGGUAACUGAAGAGAAAGCAGCUGUAGUUAGUGUUGAAGAAAAGAUUGCUGACAAAAAGAAGAGUGACAAGAAAAAAGAUACUGAAAAGACGUCAUCUGGCACAUCAACUGAUGAAGAGGAAAAGACAAAUUUCUGGAGGGAAUCAAAUAGUGAGUUUCUUGCGAAGAAGCAAGACGAACAGAAGCGAGAUACAAGAACAUGUUACCGAUAUCGUAGAGGUAAUCGUGAUCACGGUAAUCCCACGGAUGAAGACCCUUUUUUCAACAUCGAUGACUUGAGGGAUGCAAUCCCCGAUGACGAACCUUAUAGUGUUCCCGGUUAUCAAUCGCCGAAACAUGUAAGUGUGCAUACAGAAAAUUCCGAUGAUGGGGGUUAUUAUGAUGAUCGAGUGGACGAUGAUGAAGAUUGGGGGUACAUCAAUCGGGGUAAUGACUACCGUGCGAGAGGGUACGAAGAUGAAGAGUUUGGCUAUCAAAAUGCCAACUACGUUGGGGAUGACGAUUAUGGUCGUGGGAAUAGAAGGAAUGAUGGUGGUCAUCAAGGGGGUAACCGAGGUGGAAAUCAGAGAGACGAUAGAAGAGAUGCUGGAAGGAGUGAGAGAAGAGACGAGAUGAAAGGAGGAAUGAGAGAAGAGAUGAUAGAAGGGAUAACCGGAGAAUAG